CAUCUUUUUUUGGCACUUUGCUUAUGAUCUAAUGUCAAAUUCCAAACUAAACUUGUCUGGGACAAUUUCGUGUUGGUUCUUAUAUCUUUUUUCUUAAUUAUAUUUACAGUUUUACGUCGUAUUAAAUGUAGUUCGUUCUUAAAAUUUGUAUGUGAUUUGUAAAAGUGCCAAAUUGAUGUCUCGUUUUUAUUGGUAUUAUGAAUCAGGUUGAUCAAAAUAUAAACAAAGAUAUGAUCGAUUCUGAGCUAAUCGACGUGGAAUCUUUGGAUUUUUCUGAUGACCAGACCUGGCUGUAUGUGGUGCCGAAAGACUCGGGGCAGAGUGUGGACAUUGUGGACUGGAACUUGUCCUGCGACUGGCCUGUUAAUGAGGACAAUGACUACCUCGCCUCAGAGAAGGAGUUGAAUACAGUGCUCGACAACAUACUUAAAAUUGGAAGACAUAGACGUGACGUUAGCGUCGGAGACGUCGGGGCGGCCGUCGCUGGAGUCGGGGCCCACGAAGCCGAUCAACAUAGACCUCUCACAGCCGGCCCACAAUCUACACAACACAUUCACCAAAGGUCUAUCAAACAUAAUGAACGAGCGCGGCAGUCUAAACAUGUAUCAGAGCGGCGAGUCCUUAAUGAGAAUGUCCCCACCGAGCCUGGUCUCCUCUCUAGUCAUGGAGAGUUCGGGCAAUUUCAACAUGGAGUCCAUGGAGAGCAGGCGGUCCAUGCCCUCGCAUCGGGAGGCUGGUGAGCCUUAUCAUCAUGGCCGACCUCCAAUCACAGGCUUACCACCGUCUGGCCGUGAAAGCAUCGACCCCAUGAUGACAAGCAUGACGCUCAGCAUCCUCGAUGAGAAAGACAUGAGCACGAGCUUCCUAUCACAAACCACGUAUCCAGACAACGAUAGCCUCAUGGACUCCCUGCCGCCAAGCCUCGUCAGCUCCGUCAACUCUUCCUACAUCGUAUCCAACACUUCCAAACCCAAAGCAGACAACGACUCCAACAUAUUUAGCUCGGCCACCUUCACGCACUUAGAUCACUCCGAGAAACUCCUGUCUGCCCGACCCAGGUGCCAACUGUACAAUAGCUUCACGAAACGAGAGACAGCCAUACGAAACUCCGAAAGCUACACGAAAUCCCGAGAGGAGGCUUGCCAGAUCGACAAUAGCAAAGUGCUGAACGAGAACACUGACAAAAAAGAUAUGUCGAAGACUGUUAAACCGAGUCCUGAGAUGGGCGAAACUAUCACCUUACACUACUCAAAUAACAAGUUCAAAAGGGACAAUGACGCGGAAAAGGAAAAUUUCGAGAGAGAUGACGCUUUCUACAAAGACAUGGGUAUGCAGAAGCCCGAUGAGCUCGGUAGGAAUAGUUUGAACGUCACGCUUGGGAAGCAGGAGUUGAAUGAGAUCAUACAGGCGCGGCAGAAGUUGUCGUUGGCGAGGAAAGCGUUGCCGAGCGAGCCGGAACGGUCCCUGCCGAACCAGGUGGACACGUCACCGAUAAAGACGAUACAGUUACCGAACCAGACGAUAACAGUCCCGCGGCAGAGCAUGGAGAACGCUUCGGAGUUGCUGUCGCGCCGAAGAGCUAUGAACAACGGCUUCGACAGGCAGGACGACCCACCGGUUAGGGAUGUGCCCAGGGAGACGCCGAAACGGAAUGCUACGUUCAAAAAAGUGUCGCCGAAAACUAGUGCUAUGGACACGACAGUAGUGUACGUGAAAGCUGAUGAGAAUCAGAUUAUCGAUAUUAACUCGGCAACGUUGAACCUCAUCGACUCUAGUGAACGGACGCUGCAGCAAGAGGAAUGGGGUCUCCAAGAGCGCGCCAUGGUGGGAUCUACAGAGAGUACGGAUACUGGCACCUUCAGUUCGUCGAGUCCCCCCGACUGCCCACCCGACCCCGUACCUGCGAGAGACCCACGCCAUCAUAUAGCAUCGACACCAUUAACUACCAUAAGGAAGGGUGCAAAGAACGAUCUGUUAAACUUACACAGCACAAUAUCACCCAUAUACGACAUGGUAGAUGAUAAGUCGUACACCCUGACGAAGGCACCGAGCGGUAACGCCACAGCGAUGGAGAGGACAUUCGACAUGCACAACACUACUAUUGUAAAUACCGCCACAAUGGUCAAAAAGGCGUCGGCGAAACGGGAUAUACUAGCGGGGAAAGCGAGCCCGGAUAGAAGGACGCCGACGUCACCACAGAAAUCACCGCCUAGCAGAUUAUCGCCCACCAAUAUAGUAUCUUACGGUUCAAUGGUACCGCCAGCCGCCAUCCCAAGGAAGACGAACUUGCCUACUUCCAAACUGAGGCAAUAUAGUUCGCAUAGAGAGCUUAGCAGGAUACCAGGUAAUUCCACGACGGGUCUCCGCGGCGCGAGUGCGCGCACGAUGGUGCGGCGCGGCGUGUACGCGUCCAACCCCGCGCUCAGCCCCACCGCGCCCGCGCCCCCCGCACACCCCGCACACCCCGCGCACGGCGACACCUACGGCGCCGCAACACACCAUCAGAAACCUGAAGAAAGGACCAUAUCACGACCGGUGAUGCCCGCCCCGCCGGCGCUGGUUCGACAAGGAACCGAGACGCUUCGAAGGGAGAGGCCGCAGAGUCAACUGGUGGCGCCCAAGGAUGUGCGCGGUGGCAGUGGCGUGCCGGUGUCCAUGCGCAACCACCAUCUACCCCCACCGACGAGCAGGCCGUACUCGAUAGCGGGCGCGUCACAGCUCCGAGUGUCGAGGCCGGUCGCGGUGCCACCUGUACAGAAACCGGCACCCAUCCCGGCGGCCGUGGUGGAGCAGCCGCGCGCGCACCCGGCGCCGCCCGCGCCCGCGCCCGCGCCGGCCCCGCGCCCGCCCCCGCGCCCGCCUCCGCGCUGCCGCGCCCCUCGCGCCUGCCCGCGCCGCGGCGCGCGCUGCGACCCCCAUCAGUCUACUCAGUGGCGCCCGCAGCGGACGUGGAGCAUUACUGACAAAUAGCCUGCUGUGCCAACAUAUUGGGCCGCAGGACAUAACAUUGUACAGUGAUCGCUAAUCAAAUGACUGAACUAACAACGCGUAUAUGCGUCUAACCGCAUUGUUCAUUAAAUUGGGUAUUAACGAAGCAAAUCGUUCGUACAGUGGACUCAACUCUUGCACUCGGUCAACUAGUUGGCCGACUGAUUGAUCGAUGAUUUGACCAAGAAAUCCAACAAAAAUUUUAAUGUUCUCACCACUUGCAAACGACUUGUUUGGUUAACGUAAGUGUACCAGUGACGUCUGGACAUUCGACUGCAUUAAAUCUUUAAAAUUAUUCUUAGUUUCAAUGUAUGACGGGUCUAAUGUAUGAGUCGUACCUGAUAAGUGAUUCAUACAUUACUGAAGGAGUUAUGAAAGUGUUACGUCGGGGCCAAACGGGGGUGGUGUGACUUGUAUUAAUCUUGAGCAGAGGAUACUAUAUGGAUCUGCUUUUAGAAACUAUGGAGUUACAUUAUGUGUUGCCUAUAUCGUAAACAGUAAAAAGUAUACAUUUAAUCGAUUAAAUUUGUUUGUACUGGUAUUGAUGUGCCUGUUAUCGAUACAUCGAAACCAGUUAAUCGAUAAUGGUAAUUGUGAUGCGAAAAUUUAAAAGUAAUUGAACAGCCCCCGUUGUCUCUUUACAAGUAUCAAAAUGGAACCUUCAUAACUUAUAGUGAUUAUUUAACCUCUCGCCAGUGAUUAAACUUACAAAUUAGACUAAUUCUAUUUAUAUUCCAUAGAGCAUAGAACAUUUCACCGUUUUUUCUAGUUAUAACACUUAUAGCUUUUUAAAUUUUCUUACUUCAAUUGAAAAAAAAAUACGAAUAAUACGACUGAUCUUUAUAAAUAUAUUUAUUGGAAGUUCAUUUUUCUACUCUAAAUAGGCAUGAUGUAAAAGUUCAAUAAUUAAAUAUAAUCGAUUUGCUGGCGCGGGCUUAGAUAACUAGAAUUGACCAAUUCGGUGUUAAGGAUUAUUGUGGGUACAAUUGGCGGGUUUCUCGCCACUUUUGCUACGUAGAGACAAUAAUUUGUGGAUCUGCGUGGACAUGUUUGAUUGGAAUUUCAUUGACUGGAUUAAUAACACAGUAAUUGGAAUAUGUAACGUACCGCCAUUUUCAGUAAGCGAUCUCAAUUGCUUUUGAUUUAUCCCACAAAUGGACCAAUCAAUGUUUUUUUUGACAUGAGUACAAAAGAGUUAUUUGAUUGGUUCAUAGUCGGAAUCGGAUUGAGAUUGGGAUCGUUUAUUGAAAAUGGCUGUUAUUCGAACACAAAUGAAAAUCAAUCACUGUGAUAUUGAUCAGAACGAUCAGAAUACCUGAGUGCAUAAUCAUAACACAUUAACACUUCAGUGACAUCUAUGUAUGAAUCUUUUAAUCUAGACAAUUUGAUCAAUUUGUAAAAAUUAUGUAUUUAACGACAUUCAAAGUUUUUUUCUAGGAAAAUUUUGCUAAUGUCCUUUGGAUGGGGUAGCGAAAUUCACUUUUCAGAUAGUGAAAAGUCCAUCAAUUUCCAACUCCAAAUUAUUUACUAUUUUUAUUAAACAAUGCUCUCUCGCGUUUCUCAUUGAUGUUGAAGCUCAAAAUUUUAAAAAAAUAUAUCUAACUGGAUCAUAAUUUGGUACAAAUACAUACAAAUUAAGAUAUUAUUCCUAUAUUGUUUACAAAUUUAGUAAUAGUGUGAAAAUACUUGGUCUUAGUAAUUUAUUUCAGUUUAAGACAUUUUGCAUUUUGUUUAGAGAUUGUAAUCGUUUAGGGACGUGUAAUUUAAUUGUAUGUGUUUAGACGUAAAUUUUUAUAUUAAAUAAUGUUAGUGUAUUACGAUGUACGUGUAACAAAAUACAUGAAAGUACGUGAGAUACACGCACACCUCGCGAACACGUUUGUUAUAAACGUUACUAACGACAAAUGUUUAUACUGCAAGCAUCCACCACGGUCGCUCGAGUCGAUGGUGUAGGCACAAAAUCUUUAUGUAAAUUUAUAAAUAAUUUAUCUCGUGUACAUUUUGUAAAUUUCUGUCUUGUAAUCACGCGUUGUUUCACCGUGCUUCCUAUUUCACUGUCAUAGUAAAACUUUUUAACAUAUCGCAAAUAAACUGUAUUUAUCCGUAUCUUAACCUUCCAGCCGCAUUCGUAGCUUCUGAUAAAUUUGCAUGAAUGUUAUCCUUUUGUACAUCGAUGUUUUCCGGCCAAAUUACAGUAUUACGAGUAGAUUGUGGGUUACGGCACCUCCCGUUUGCAAUAUACGCAAUAAAUUAUGAUUGUAUAUUUUGUAAACUUAUAUGUGUACAGGGAGUGUUUGUACGUCUGUGUGUUAGCUGACCGCAGGCUGUCAGCCGUGCUGGCCGAAGGACGUUUUGCUAAGGCUGUGUUGCGUAUUGUGUGAGCAUGAAGCAAGUUGUUCCCGCUGCUUCGCCCGCGGUCUGCGGUGCUCUACGUUUAUUUGGACACGUUGUGCCUUAUUUAGGUAGUGUAAGGGAUUUUGUUUUCAUUUUCUAAUAAAACUUAUGUAUUUAU